AUGGCAGCCGAGAUCACGUGCCCCGGCUACGUACUUGCGGAUGUGCUUGACCGCUGCCAGGUGUUCGACAGUGGGUGCUUCCAUGAAGCUGCUCAUAUAGCCCACAGCGUAGGCGAUGUCAGGUCGGGUGUGAACAAGGUAUCACAGGCUGCCGAAGAUGCUUCGGUACUCGGCGUCCUUUGGUGCUUCAGCGCUCGUCUUGCUCAGCUUCAGGUACAGGAUAUGAGAACCUUCCAAAUGAAUGCGAUGUAUAUCCUCCCUAUACGAGUGUUGAUGGAUUGGAAGUGGGUCCAGCGUUUGACAUUUUUGAAGGUUAUGUACAACGAGGAACCUUCCAUGAUGUACCAUGGUGGCUAUGGUUAUGACCCUUAUGCUCAUUAUUCUCCUAUCUCGACACCAGUACCGGCUGGUGUUAGUGGAGAUGGUCAGCUCUACUCUCCUCAGCAGUUCUCCUCGGCUCCUUACUACCAGCAACCAUUACAGCCUGACAUGCCAUAUUUAGGCUCUCCUACUCCCGUAUCACAGGGUGAGACAAUGAUGCCAAUUGACCCAACACAAAGUGCUUUUAUCGCUGACACUCUGAGUCCAAACAGCUUCCUUUUUGGACCAAGACCAGAAUGGUUUAGAUCGUCACAAGGAACUGGUUCGUUUCUAUCACCUGCAACUUCACCUCAACCUUUUGGUGAUGUUUCAGGGGCAUUCGGACAAAGCAACUUUCCUAUGGCUUCUGGGAUGAUGCCCCCUCAGCAGAAGUCCUUCUAUGGUUUUGGAACCCCUAGUGACUCUUACGGAAGAAGGUUCUCUCAUCGUGGGAGUUUCCCACAUGCCACUAAUUAUGGCAGUCCUUUCCCUGGCUAUGGCCUGAAUGGUAGAAGUUUGAAUCCAGUUGACAAAGAGCGCAGGAGAGGGAGGGGUAAUGCUUUGUUAUGCAGCUUUGUUGGUUCACUUGAUUUCCUCAAUGAGCAAAGCCGUGGUCCACGUUCCACCAGGCCUAAGAAGCAACGAGAGGAUAACAGUAAAGAUGAGAAGUCUUCUGCUGGACUUGACCAGGGGUCAUACAACAGGACUGAUUUUGUUACAGAGUACAAAAAUGCUAGAUUUUUUAUCAUAAAAUCAUACAGCGAAGAUAAUGUGCACAAGAGCAUCAAAUAUGGUGUUUGGGCUAGCACCACAAAUGGAAACAAGAAACUAGACGGGGCCUAUCAUGAAGUGAACGCUAGCGCACAGUUCUGCGGUGUUGCGGAGAUGACUGGACCAGUGAAUUUUGAGAAGAGUGUGGACUACUGGCAGCAAGAUAAGUGGACUGGCCAGUUCCCUGUUAAUUGGCACAUACUGAAGGAUGUUCCAAAUAAUCUCUUCCGCCAUAUAAUUCUUGAAAACAAUGAGCACAAGCCGGUAACCAACAGCCGGGACACACAAGAGGUGAAACUGGAACAAGGACAGGAGAUGCUGAAAAUCUUCAAGGACCAUGAGGAGGAUGCGUCGAUCCUCGAUGACUUUAACUUUUACGAGGAACGUGAGAAAGCCCUGCUGGAGAAUAAGGCAAGGCUGUAUCAGCAACAACAGAUAUCCAGCUCCACUGUUGCUGAGCCCAAGAAGCCGUCGACUGUACCAACUGACCUGGUGGGUCAUAUCGCCAAGAAUUGUAGCUUUCUUGAGCCCAAGAAGCCCUUGACUGUACCCACUGACAUGGUGGGUCAUAUCACCAAGACUUUUGCACAGGCUGUUCGGCUUGGCAAGGCCAAGAGUGUGAGCCCUCUGGGCAAGAAAGGCCCUGCUGGGGAUUUAUCUGUUGCUGCGAAGCCUGUCGAGGAACAGAGGGAGUAUAUUAUAAAGAAUGUCUGCGAGAAUUUGCUUGGUACACUUUUCGAGAUGCCACAAAAGAGUAAAGAUGGGCUGAGGGUGAGACAAGACUUGAAAGACAUCAGUAAUGAGGACGAGCUUCACACCGGAGGCCCUAAAAACAAGGAGACAUGCAAGGGCAAGGCUAAGGAAGCAGACAAGAGCAAAAGUGUUUUGAAAACCAAGGAUAAUUAUUGCCCUUCCCGCGUUUACUUCACCCUCGACGAGAAUGAGCUCGCUCAAGUUUUUGAGUGA